GGAAGCGUGUGACUCGCCCACAGGAUUCGCGCUCUCGCAGCUGAGAAGUCUGUUCCAUCAUCCUGACGAGCAAAAUACUCAUAUACAAAGGGGACAGUCGCAGCGAAGAGUAAAAAAACCCCGCGGCACAAGUGAACUCGUUCUUAUCCAAAUCAAACGCAAAACCAAACAGAAAUCAAAGCGCAAACCGGGCUCACAGGGCACAAAGUGGAACAGCCUCCGUCAGCGCCUUUAAUUCUCUGUUUUGAGGUAAGAGCUCUGUGUGUGAGCCUGGUGUUUGUGAUGGGGUUGGGAGCCAUGCUGUGUGCCCAUAGGAGCAGUCAGGUUGGAAGAGCCCUCCCAGAUCCCCAGCCCACCCCGCUGUGCCCAUCCCCACAGUUCCGGGACACCUCCAGGUGCCCCCCCCCCUCCCAGGGCAGCCUGUGCCGCUGCAUCACCACUCCUUGGAGAAGGAAUCAUUCCUAGUAUCCAGUCCUCCUGUGGGAUUUGCUAUUCUCUGUGGUGUCUGUGGGACUCCUCUCUCCCUUCCCCCCACACUGUGCCCCUGCGACAGGACUCGCCCAUGCAGAAACAUGAAUGCACCCUGCUCAACCCGUGUCACCCCCAGAGAACAACAGGUGGAGGCCGAUGUCAGCAUCACCGCAUCACACCCGGGUAACCCCGGCAACACUAACACAAACACGCACUGGGAUGGCCCGGUCGGGCCGGCUGCAGCACUGCUCCAGGUGCAUUGCAAUGCUCACAAGAAGCUCGUUGUAUUCACAGCCAGCGUGCGAUAGCUCACGCAUCGGGAGCCCACGCUCCCCCGUAAUCUGCUCCAGCUGUGGCCGUGUGUUUGAGGAAGCGUCUGCGGCUCCUCUGGCACACGGGACAUCAGUUUUUCCAGACGGCUGAAAGUGCUGAGGCAGUUCCUACUGCCAUGAUUCAGGCGACGUCUCUUGUGAAACCACCCUGGGAUGGUGCCCGGCAAAGCAAACCCUGCUCUGACGUGGUGCGAACACGGCGCUAUCUAUAAAAGCCAGGGAGCGAUCCAAGGGAACAGCACACUGCUGCAGAGCGCACACAGCACGCGGUGAUGGGGAAAGCCAGCUCUGGCUGCUUUGUCCAGCAGACGUUACAGUGACAUAGCAAGGACAGAACAAGGACCGUGGACGUCGUUGUUACCUGAAAUUUGUGAAGCGUCCCAGGAGAACAACUUUGGUACGGAUGGAAACCAGCGUGGAUGAAAAGGCUGUUUCAGGAAACGUGCCAUGGGCUUGGGCUGAGGCUUGGUCUGAAACAGCGUGAAACAGAACCAGCCCAAAUGGCAGCGACCCUGGGCAGCACCGUGCUGUGCUGGUGGGUGACGUGGGACGGAACCGUGAGAGGCUUCUGGAGAGCCCUGACCACAGAGCUGGCGGGGCUUGGGCCUCCCUGUGCCAGGAGCGUCUCCCAGCUCCGCUCUGUUUAAUGGAGCAAUGCAUCCAGGCAGCACUCGGAGCAAGCGCUGGGAGCUCUCCCAGCCCUGGCCGAUUCCUGCCCGGUUCCUCAGUUGGAAGGAGAAGCAUUCCCACCCCCGGAAAACCCGCAGCCAGCUGCUGAGAGAUAAACAUCCCAGUGCCCACGGCGAGGGAGGAAAUGGAACCUCGUUCUGCUGCAUUCUGGGUGGGAGCUGUAAGCACCAAAUCACAGCAUGUAAGGGGUGGGGGCAGGCAGGAGGCAACCGCAAUGGCCCCAUCUCCUGGGGCAGGAGGGACACCAUGGGCACGUCUCGGAUGGACAGGGGGAAGGCAUCGUCCUUUGGAAAACUGCAACUUCUUUCCAAAGCGCAUUGUGACCUUACAUGGAAUGUGGCGUUAUGUAAAGCUUUCAGGAAGAGAAGAUGUGAAAAACAAGCCAAGUUUCCAAGCAUCUGGUCUGGCUGCUUCUGAGCACAGCCCCCAGCUUCACCAGUUGCUCAGCAUCCCUGGGCAGCACCCAUCAUUGGGAGGGGCCGUGGCUCAGCACCAGGUCCUGGGUUGAAAGAUGGGACCCAGUGCCCAGGAGCUCAGUGUUGAAAUGCUCCACCUGGCCGUGAUGAAGAGCUGCUGUAAAUCCAGUCAAUGCUGUCACUUUCCUUUCAAACUUACAUGGAAAAUAAAAAAGAUGGAGGAAAUACCUGACUGGACAGGCAGACCGAAGAUGUCUGGUUUUAUGGCAAGCUUCCUUUUGAUUCAGUUUAUUUUCCAGUUAAUGUUUAUCUCCAUGUUCUCCAGAGGAGAUGUAAAACCCCAGGUCAAGGAGCUGCACACCUCCCUCGCUCAUUGAACUGCCCAAACCUGUUCUGAUUUGUUUGCUGCCUUCCUUCCGGGAAUCAUGGCCUUGAAUUCAGCUGAAGUCCUUUGGCCAAUCACAUUGAUCUUCUGCACACGGCAGCCAGGUUACAGCAACUUUUCAUUGUGCAACAAUUCAUGGUAGAGAGCCGCUGUUGAAAAAAAAACAUCCUUAACGUACCUGAUGAUCUUAGAGGUCUUUUCCAACCUUAACGAUUCUAUGAUUCCAAACGAGAAGCUGACUUGAGUAACACAGCAAAUCAGAGCUCAGCUAUACAUAGCACCGCUUGGCUUUCCUCUGCCUCCAGCCAGAGGGACAAGCUUGCACUGCAGAUUGGGAGGGGGGGGUUGUUCCAAUAGCAGAUCCUCAUUCCAGCAGUGCUCUUUAUCCAAGCAAGUGGUCAAAGUAAUGCUCAGUGAUCAGCCCUCCUCUUCACCUCCACUUUCAUCAGCAGGGAGGCAAUGCGACAUCUUGGCAGGUUAGUGGGCUGUAAAGGGCUGCACUGGCAAGGACAGUCUUAAUGGAGAGAGCACUGAAUUACAGAAAAGUUUUGCUUUUGACAGAAAACGCAGAGAUUUUUUUUCUAGUUAACCACUGUGGAAAACGAGGGUAAGAUGAAGCACAUCCCAAUUCAGCUGCAGUACAGCGCUGACUUGUUCCUACCUCUUCAGCAAAGGAUUCCCCCAGCAAGUUGGCUCAGGUGUUCUUCCCUAGCUGGCAUUUCCAGGGAAAGAGACCACAUGAAGGAUUUCAGGAGAUACCUGGUGCUUAAAUACAUCCAGUACCUCGUCCUGUCUUCUUCCAACGCCAUCAUCACCCUUCUGGGUGUGCUGGGCAGCGGGUACGUGAUGCUCAUCCUGCACUCUGCCAGGGUUUCCUCCAAGUCCACCUCAGUUUUCAUCUCCAGCCUAGCAAAAGCAGACCUCCUCAUUUUCAUUAGUGUUGUUGCUGAGCUGUUCCUGUGGACCUCCGGCGUCGCUGUCCCACGCACGGCGUUCACCCCAGUGCUGCUGCAGAACCUCCUGACGGCCAACGCGCACAUCAGCGCGCUGCUGCUCAGCUGCGUGGCCGUGGAGGCCUACCUCAUCACCUUCUUCCCCGUGGAGUCCCGCCGCCUGCGGACGGUGAGGAACGCCAGGCUGACCUGCAGGGCCAUCUGGCUGCUGGUUGCCACCGAGUGUGUCCUGCUCCAGGCUGACGAUGUCCUGAAGGCCAGCGGCGCUUCUCCCUCCUGCACCUCCGGCAUCUGGCUGCUCCACCUCUCCAGCGGGGCUGCAGCCAUCCUCAGGGCCUUCAGCUACCUCCUGGGCAUCCUUCUAAGGAUUGUCAAUGUGUACAUCUACUACAAAAUAUUCUUCAGCGUGUCCAACAGAGCUACAGUGAGAACAAAGUAGUGCGCGUGGCCAGGGGGAGCAGCAGAGCGGCACCAGGCAGAAGACCCUCCGCCACAAGUGGCUUGAAAACCUUCCAACAACCAGGAAGCCAGGGCCAAGGCUCCUGUUUUAGAGCACAAACAUGGCCUGUUUCCUGAUGAUAUUAGCUUGGUGAUGAGGAUCAUGGAGGCCUGAGGAGUCCCGGAACCCAUAGGUCGUGCUGUGGAGUGACAUGGUCCCGCAGUGGGUGUUCUCAGUCUGGAGCCUGUUCGCUCUGCAGGUAAAACAAAGGACAUUCCAUGAAGGACAGUGAGAAGUGAAGCAAUCCAAAUAUAUUUAUAUAAAAAACAACGCUUAGAGGCUUACUCAGGGAUGCAUUGAGCCAAGAGCUCUAUAAUUGUAUAUUAAAACUAUUAUUUAUUUUCUACAAUCUCUAACUCAGGUGAAGCACAGGGCUCAGCAGCAGGAUCAGGAGACAAGGGGAGCCCAGCUGAGCUCACCUUGCUGGGCUUCUCCCAGGACAUGAGAGCCGCCAGGAUGGGGCAGGGCUGAGCUUCCACCUGGAGCAGCUUUGGGAGACAACCACAGCACAGUGGCAAAUGGCUUCUUGCACAUUGCAGGGAGUGGAAAAACACAAUGCAAUUGCUUGCUGCAGGUCUUCAAUAGGGGAGAGGGCUUAAGGAAGGCCUGUGCUGAGGGCUCUGCAUCCUGUACCCGGAGGGAGCUGUGGGGGUUUUUGGUGCCCUGCUCUCUGCAGCAAGGAGGGGCACGCUGGGGCUGGCAGUGGUGUUCCAGCUACCACUGUGCUGCAGAAGGACAGGGGUCUCCUUGGACCACGCUGGGGCUCAAGUGAGUGCAUAGCAGAGCUGCCCCCAGCUGCGGCCAUUGCUGGGGUCUCCUCAAGGUCCUAGGGGCUGUCAGCAGAACAUGAAGUACCACGGAUUCCUCAGCACACGGGGCCAUCUGGCUGCAGACAUUAUUGCACUGCAUGGGAGGUGGCCCCCAGCUUCAGCACAAGGCUGUUUUCUGAGCGUGCCUGGUGGUGUUGCACUGCUUUUAAUACCUGCAUCUCAGUUCCCUCACCUAUGUGGCAAGGAGGGGGAUAACCACAUUUCUCCUCAUCUCAAGGGGUUUGAGGGAUGAAACUACUGCGGUGUGUUCUGCAGUCUGCGUUCAUUCACAGUCCUUGCUGCCCCCCCAGAUCUUUGCUUCUGCAUCAGAAGCCAAGCAGUGGUGAUGUGGAUGUAUGUGGUUGGCUCUGAGUGAUGAAAGCACCGAGCUCUCACCUACAGCUGCUACCAUCUUCUACACCAAUCCAAUCCUUCAGCUGCAGUAACAGACUUCAAAAAAGCAGUGGAUGUGGUUACUAAAAAAAAAAAAAAAAGAAAAAACACAGAAGCUACCAGCCUAAGUGCCAUUACAAUGAAUACCAGCAGUGUCAGAGGCACUGCCCAAAGGGAUGAGGACAACACAUGGCCAGACGUGCACAAAGGGCACAAGGCAAAGCAGGACAGCACCAACCUACGUUGCUUAACGAACUUUGCUGCAACGCCAUCAGUUAGGACAUUGCCUAACAAAGCUGAUUCCUUCAACAAGGACUUGAUAACUCACUGCACUGUGAUGUGUCCUGGUUUUGAAAGCUUAAUGGGAACCGAAACCUGCAGUGCUGUAAUGAAUAAAAUUUUGUUUGUUAAAGCACA